AUGGUCACACCGGUGUAUAACAAACCCAUGGCCACACCACAAUACGAAACCAUAGCCACACCAGGGUACAAACCCAUGGCCACACCAGGGUACAAACCCAUGGUCACACCAGGGUACAAACCCAUGGUCACACCAGGGUACAAACCCAUGGCCACACCAGGGUACAAACCGAUGGCCACACCAGGGUACAAACCCAUGGCCACACCAGGGUACAAACCCAUGGCCACACCAGGGUACAAACCCAUGGCUACACCAGGGUACAAACCCAUGGCCACACCAGGGUACAAACCCAUGGCCACACCAGGGUACAAACCCAUGGCCACACCAGGGUACAAACCCAUGGUCACACCAGGGUGUUGUGCUUCUUUG